CCCAAUGUGCAACGCGGGAAGAUGGCGGGUGUGCUAGAAAGGAGUUACAUAGAGAUCUGCGGAUUUGAAAGAGAGUCUGUUUUACGAUUCAGACAGAUCACACUGAAUCUGGGUGUUACUGAGUGCACCUCAGGUGACACGGUUCAGUUUGUUGAGCAGUCGCUGGACACUAAUCUUCUGAAUAAUGCUGUCCGCCUGCGUAUCCCAAACUGCCUCUUGCUGCCCGGAGGAGUUUGUAUUCAAGAGACCCUUAACAACAUCAUUAUUCUGAUCGUCACCAGCCAGUCGGUUCAUCGCCUGGUGCUGCCGCACCCCACCCGCAUGUACCGCAGUGAUCUGGUCACUGAACUCCAAAUGCAGUCCAUUUUCACGGACAUUGGGAAGCUGAAUUUAAACGAACCGGCCCACAGUUAUGUGCUCCCAUUUGCACAAGGAACACAGACAACUGCUCCGUCUACAUCGGCCGGAUGGAUCAGUCAUCAGGGGGAGGCACUGUUCGCUCUCGCCUCACCAUCAGGCGCCAUUACUGUUGUCACGUUGCCUGCUCAUGAUCAAGAUGGGACUGUGUCCAUUUUGGAGUUGAAACAGAGUUCAAUGAUGCAGCGGUUGGCCGGCUGGAUGCCCACCGCCAUCAGGGGAGAUCAGAGCAUUCCUGACCUGGCCAUCAGUCUGGCUGUCCACCAGCUAGAAGAUGACACUUUCAUAUUCGCACUGUGUCAGGAUCAUAAGCUGCGCAUGUGGUCAUUAAAGCAUCAGAUGUGUCUGUUGGUGACUGAUAUGUUGGAGUAUAUGCCCGCGGGUCGUGGGGAGGUGAAGGCUUCUCCAGCACUGGCUCAUAAGCUCCGUCUCUUCUUCUCCUCAUCCAUCGGCCUGUGUCUCGCCAUCUACCUCGCAGUGCCCAAACGCAGUCAGUUCUGUGUGCUGCAGCUGGUGGCCAGUGAGAACAAUCGCUACAGCCUGGAUCACAUCUCAACACUGUUCACAACACAGGAGACACUAGUGGAUUUUGUCUUGACUGCGACUGAUAUUUGGGCUGUUUGGCUGGAUAAUGACAACCAGACUGUGGUGAAGUACAUCAGUUUUGAGCACAACACAACAGGCAUGUGGAACCAGGUGUUUGUCCAGCCGUCACCAGAGGAGGAAGUUCACGUUGGUGAAGACCAAGACCCGCGGGAAAUGUAUCUUGAAGUACUUUUUUCACCUCUGCGUUUCACAGCCUCAGCCAUCAUCAAAGCUUUACAGAUCUACAAGCGAGAUACAGAGCGAUACUCUGACUUGUCAUGGGAGGAGCUGAAGAAAGAGGUUACGGUCACAGUGGAAAACGAGCUUCAGGGCAGCGUGACCGAGUACGAGUUCUGUCAGGAGGACUACCGUCUGCUGCAGGUGGAGUUCUGGUCCAAGUUUUACGCCUGCUGCCUGCAGUACCAGGAUGUGCUGUCCACACCACUCGCCCUGCACAUCAGCCCUGCCACAGCCAUGGUCUGCGUCCUCAAGAAGGGCUUUGUGUCUUUCCUACUACCCUGCUUUGCUAUUGACCAUCUUUACCUGUCCUCGGAUGAUUACCUGAUUUCUGAAGAGGAGACUCCAAUUGCUGAGGAUUCAGAAAUGAGCCGUGACGUCCUGCAGCUCGUUCAGUGUCUCCGCAUGGUGAACGAGUCUCUUCCGGAGGACAUGGGGUAUUAUAAAAUUGUUACUGUGUUUACUUAUUUCAUGUGUUAUCUAUCUCUCUUUAGAAAUGCUGAUCUUCAGCAUCUGUCUGUUUUGGAGCUGUCCGACUCCACAACUCCUACAUCUAGAAGAUCAGUGUUGAAUCCUCAAACUGUGGUGGAGUUGUUCUACCAGAAUGUGGCCCGUAAAGCCAUCAUGUCUCAGAUCUUCUCCCAGCAGGAUGUGGAGGGCAAUCAGACCAUGUUGCACUGGUCACAAAUGAUCUCCAGUGUCCUGACACUACUCUGCCAGUUUCUCUGGCCCAGCAAUCCCAGUUUCCUCUUUCCUGAAUGCCUGAUGUUAAACUGCCAGUAUACACAACUGCAGGAAUAUGUUCGGUUAGUUGGACCCUGGUGCCAGGUGAAUGUGGGAUCCUAUCGUUUUGUUUUGGGUCAUUGCUAUCUGGCCAGCGGUGAGGGCCAAAAGGCAUUGCAAUGUUUCCAGGAAGCAGCUGCUGAGGUGGAUAAAGAAGAGUUUUUAAUGAAACUCACAGGUUCAGUCGAAGAGGCAGCCACCACAACUGCCCCACGAUUACUUUAUUACAACAAGGUUUUGAGGUUAUUGGAGGACAUUGGUUUGCCAGAGCUUGUGAUUCAUUUGGCAACGCUGGCCAUAUCUGAAGCUGCCAAUGAUGAGAGAAUCCAGGCUGCUCUGUGGACUCGUAUAUUUAAGCAUCAUCUGGAUCUUGGACACAACAGUCAGGCAUAUGAGGCCCUGACGCAAAACCCUGAUUCUAGCAGGCAGCUGGACUGUCUCCGACAGCUGGUGGUGGUUCUGUGCGAGCGUGCCCAACUCAGGGAUCUCGUCCAGUUCUCAUUUGUUAAUUUACAUGAUGAGGUGGUCAGCAUUAUUGAGUCUCGUGCAAGAGCUGUGGACCUCAUGACUCACAACUACUAUGAGCUUCUGUAUGCUUUUCAUAUCAACCGUCACAACUAUAGGAAAGCCGGUACAGUGAUGUUUGAGUACGGUAUGCGUCUGGGCCGUGAGGUGCGAACUCUGCGUGGUCUCCAGAAGCAGGUGAACUGUUAUCUAGCUGCCCUCAGCUGCCUGCGUCUCGUUCAUCCGGACUACGCAUGGAUUGUGCAGCCCUCGUCUGGAGCAGCGUACGAACGACCAGGCACAUCACCAAAAAGGAACUAUGAUGGCGAAUUUGCUGCAAAUCCAGUAAGUCAACAGAUCGACAUUCUUGAGCUGAAAGACUUGGAGAAAGAGUAUGUUCUUGCUCGGAGUCGGCUGACAUUGGCUCAGCAGGACCCCCCCUCAGCCGCCAUUGCAGGAGGUGCAUCUUCACAAGAGAUGGUGGCUCUGCUGGUACAAACAGGACUUUUUGACACAGCCUUGACACUAUGUCAGACCUUUAACUUAUCCCUCACACCUGUAUUUGAAGGACUGACCUUCAAGUGUAUCAAACUGCAGUAUAAAGGCGAUCGUGAGCAGACGGAGGUGUGGAACUGGCUUGCAGCUAAUCAGUUGCCAACUGUCAUUACUACUAAAGAGUCCAGUGCGACAGAUGAAGCUUGGCGGCUGUUAGCUCAUUAUUUGGAGAAAUAUCCCUCACAGAACGCUCAGUAUCAUCGCUGUGUCCUCAACAAGCUGCUCUCACAUGGGGUGCCAGUGCCUGAUUGGCUGCUCAAUGCCUACAAGGAAGUCGAUGCUGCAGCGCUGUUGCGUCUCUAUCUGAACUAUGAUCAGCUGGAGUCAGCAGCUGAGCUCGUGCUGGAGUAUGUGGAUGCUCUUCUUGGAAAGGGACAUCAGUAUUUUGGUAUAGAGCGGCCUCUCUCAGCUACAGCAUCCCUGGUAUGGCUGCCUUAUACAUCGAUCGAUCAGCUCUUAAGAAACCUCAGUGAAAGUCAGAUCAAUGAAAAGAUGUACAAGAAUCUGAAAGAUAAACUAUCAGAGUAUCACAGACUGGUGGAUCAGAGCAGCAGACACAGACUCAUGGCCCGUUAAUGGCCACUCAGAACUGUACUUCGGUCAUGUACGGGAGUAUAAAUAAUGUUGAUGAAAAUAAUGAUUGUUUGUGGCGUGUAGUUGUGUUGUGCUUUUUGAUUCCCAUGCUGAAAAUGAAUGGAAAGUGUAUCAACAUCUGCAUCAAUGAUUUGAUGUGUCAGUUCAGCCUUAUAAAAUCAAUUGAAAAUUGUUUUUUUAUUAUAUAGACACAGUUUAAAACAUCUUAAACUUUAUAUGUUGUACUCUUGACUUAACUGGUGUAAUUUAAAUAAGGAAUGCAAUAAAACAGUUGUUUAAUUGA